AUGUCCGGCUCGACCUCACCUCAGCAAUCUGUGCCAACCUUGUUGUAUUCGCAAAAUCCAACACAACUUUCGCAUUACGGUAAUAACGACGAUUCAACCAAUUUAAACGAUAACGACAACAUACAGAUCAAAACCGAGUUUGAUUCUCGAUUGGAAGAAUAUCCCUUUAUUCAAGAAAUGGAUUCUGGCUCAAGCGCAGGAUCUUCCCCUCAUCUUAUGGCCUCGAACGAUUUUGAGGGGUCUCAGUUCAACUAUGGUUACCCGCAAUCAGCCCUUUGCGAGGAUUCCUCGAGCGAAACCCUGUCAUCGGCGACCUCCCCGACAGUGGCCAACGGACAAGAGUUCACCUUUUCACUGCCGCCCGAAAGUUUCACUCGAUACUAUGAUGUGCUCAGUGGCGCCUCAUCUGUGGAACAAAAUCAAAGUAACGGAGUUCCAGCGUCUUACCCAGAACCGACGCGAUUCAUCAUUUAUGAACCCCACCCAAUGAACGGUAAUGCACCCUCACUCGUUCCAAAUAUCAACGCACAUCAUACCUACGGGAUGCCAGCGAUGUGGUCGCUGCAAAUGCAAAAUAAUAAUAUUGACAACCGAACAAUGGCGUCAACACAAGGAACCGUGAAUCCUCUUCCUUUCGAGUAUUCGCAAAAUCAAGUUUUAGUAAAUCCUGCGCAGAUAAAUCCCCUUCCACCAGCAGCGUCUCCUCCGCAACAGCCACAAACUCAACCGAAUCAACAACAACCGAUUCAGCAACAGCUCAUCAAAUGCCCACAGGAAGAUUGCCCAAAGACAUUUAGUAGGUUGUACAAUCUCAAAGCACACCUUCGCUCUCACUCCCCAGCACGCCCAUAUCAAUGCCCAAUGUGCCCAAGAUCUUUUUCGCGAAAGCACGAUUUACAAAGGCAUAUUCGAGUUCACACCGGAGUGAAGCCUUAUCAGUGCCCGUGCUGUCACAAGGCGUUUGCUCGCACGGAUGCACUCCGCCGACACUUCAAGAUGGAGGAGGCCUGCAGGAAUUCACCCGAGGUUCAAAAUAUGAAGACGAGAAGACGCUACUCGGACUUACAUUAG